AUGGCUCCUCGCUCAGUCCCGUAUGGCAAGACUGCCUCCAUGGACAUCCCCAAGCCUCGCGACGGCCCGGCUCGUCGUCAGGGCCACGCCAUGCUGCCAACCCCCCCCAGCUCCAUCUCGCCCUGCCUCAACCCCCAGGGCUUCAAGCACCGCGUCACCCACGAAGCCCUGCACCAGUAUAACCUCCGCUCGCCGCCGACCUCUACGCCCCUGGGACCCCAUGCGGACAACGAGAUCGAUGCCGUGGACUCUGAUAUCGACCUGCAGGACACCGAGGACAGACGCACGCCUGCUUCGGCCGCGGCGUCGACCACCGGCAAGGGCAAGGCCGACGUCUCCGGAGACAUCACCCCGGCCAUGUUGGCCAGACACCACCUGCCCGACAUCCUGCUCGCCCACGGACCGCUGGCCAUCAGACACAUCAUGGGGUACCUGACCACCUCCGUGCCCGGGUUCGCCAUCAUACCGGCCGCGAAGGCGAGGAGACUCGUCGUCGCCGGUCUGGAGGGCAAGGCUAUUCUGUCCGGUGGUAACAACGGUGAGAGCGUGGACGGCGACGUCGAGUUCGAAAAGGUCGGAUGGGGUCGUUGGGAUGCGUACCGUCGUGGCCAGAAGGAUGCUGCUCGUGCUGGCCACGCCGUCGUCAACCACCACCACGACACCGGCUCGCACCCUCAUUACGGGUCCUCCGUCACCGCCGACUCGGCCAUCUUCUCCCACUCCGACUUCAACCACAACCACGAUAUGGACGUCGACGAGGCGGACAAGAUGUCUCUCGACGACCGCGACGACGGAGGACGCAUGUACUGCUCCUCCUCCGACGCCGAGGACGCAGACAUCAUGGACGGCGACUGGGACGAGGCCGACAUGACCGACGAAGAGGACUGGGCGAACAUCGGCGCCGACGCGCUCAGGGCCCAGUCGCUCGGCCAGGAGCUGUCCAUGCCCUCGUCUGUCUACGUCUGUGGCGGCGCAUACGGCUACGGACAUGGGUACGGGUAUGGAGGCGGGCCUUCUUCCUCUGCGUUGGCCAAGGCUGCUCCCAUGCCCAUGCCCGGUGUUGGUGAGAACGUCGAGGAACGCGCUGCCGUCGAGGCCCUCCUGCAGCUCGGAUCGAUGUAG